AUGGCGGACAAGGUCAACGUCCUCCUCUACGGACUUGGAGCGAUUGGCUCCUUCUACGCCUUCAUCCUCCACCGCAGCGACCGCGUCCGGUUAACUGUCGUCGCGCGCUCAAACCACGACGCCGUCGUUAAAGAUGGCAUAUUCAUCGACAGCAAAAUCCACGGCCAGCACCGCUUCCAUCCGGACCAGGUAAUCCGCUCGCCCUCAGAAACAGCAGGCCAGCACUUCGACUACAUCGUGUGCACACAUAAAGCGGUUGACCCGCACGGCGCCAUAAUCCCGCUCGACCCGGUGGUGGACGCGAAGACGACCAUCGUGGUGCUGCAGAACGGCGUCGGGAACGAGGAUCCUUUUCGAGAGAGAUUCCCGGGCGUUACUAUUAUAUCGGGCGUUGUCUGGGUCGGCGCAUCGCAGUCCAGCCCAGGGAUAGUGCAGCACACAGACGCCGAGAACACCGAGCUGGGUCUCUUCCCGAAUCCAUCUCUCCCUACUGAUCUAGAAGAGACACGACUAGAGGGAUUCACGUCGCUCCUUAAGCAAGGCAAAACGCCAUUCCGCACAAUACCAACCAUCCAAGCCGCGCGGUGGGAAAAAGUCGUGUGGAACGUCGCCUGGAACGCCAUCACCACGUUAACAGACCAGGACGUAUCCGGCUGGCUGGACUCCUCGCCCGAGGCGGAGGGGUAUACGAAGGAGCUGAUGCGCGAGGUUAUUGCCGUUGCGGCGAGUUGUGGGGUUUUGUUGAAGCACGGGCUGGAGGAGGAGUUGUUGGCGAGGGCGAGGGAGUUGACGAGGACGGGGGUGUUGAGGACGAGUAUGCAGGCGGAUCGCGAGGCUGGCAGGAAGAUGGAGAUUGAGGUUAUUCUUGGGACGCCGGUGAGGAAGGGGAGGGGGGCUGGUGUGGGGAUUCCACGGCUGGAGAGUCUUUAUGUCUUGCUUUUGGCUGUCAAUAAGCGGUUGCUUUAG